CGUGGUAUAAAGAGGACACUUCCCUCUGUCCUGCUUGUGCUUCUGGUGGCUCCGCUUUUUGAAGACAAGCGAACCUGAAAGAUUGUCCGCCAUGAUGCAUGCAGCCCUGAGUGUCUGGGUCUUAUCAGCCUUGAUCUGUUUGGGAAGAGGCGACCACCACGAAGGCCACGCCGAUGGCGGCCUCGACCUCGUGACUUCAGGAAACAAGGACUUUGCCUUCCAACUGUACAGGAAGUUGGCAGCUCAAGCUGACACGCAAGGCAAGAACAUUUUCUACUCCCCGAACAGCGUGUCCGUUGCCUUGGCUGCGUUGUCGCUCGGAGCCCGGGGCGACACCCACCAACAGCUGUUCAGCGGUCUGGGUUACAACAGCACCCAAGUUACGCAGACAGAUGUCAAUCAGGCUUUCGGAGAGCUCAUCAAAAGGCAAGACCAGUCACCGGACGUCAGCGAAGGGACCGCCGUGUUUCUGGAUAACACCUUCCAGCCAAAACCCGAGUUCAUGAAGGUUUUGAAAGAGUCCUUCUACACAGACGGGUUCAACGUGGACUUCAAACAAAAAAGCAAAGAAAGUGCUGAUACCAUCAAUAAGUAUGUCAACGAUAAGACACAUGGCAAGAUUAAAAAGUUGGUGGAGAAAGUGGACCCAAGCACAAUCAUGUACCUCAUCAGCUACAUCUACUUCAAAGGAAUGUGGGCCUCUCCUUUCGAACCCAAGUACACCAAAGAAGACAAUUUUACUGUUGAUGAGAAUACCAAGGUUCCUGUCCUGAUGAUGAAUAAUGAGGACUACUUUGAUAUCUAUCAUGACCUGGCAGUCAACACAACCAUCCUCCGCCUGCCUUUCAACAGUUCUUACUCCAUGCUCCUGAUGCUGCCUGAAAACAUGGCGGAACUAGAGAAGGAAAUUUGUCCGCAACAUGUUGCUAAAUGGUCGAAAUGGAUGAAUUCUAGGAAGUACGAUGUAUUUGUUCCGAAGUUCUCCAUCAAGACAUCCUAUAAUCUGAAUAACGUGUUGGCUGAUAUGGGAAUGACUCACAUGUUUGAUGAUCGAGCAGAUUUGAGUGGAAUUGCAGAGGGGGCGAAACUAGCGGUCUCCGAGGUUGUGCACCAAGCGACCCUUGAUGUGGACGAGGCUGGAGCCACCGCUGCAGCUGCUACAGGCAUCGGCAUCACUCUGAUGUCCUUGCAAUACGUCCCUGUGCUGAAGUUCGACCGUCCGUUCAUGGUUCUCAUCACCGAAAACACCACAGAUAACAUCCUCUUUAUGGGGAAGAUCUUGAACCCCAAUAUGUGAUGGGCAACAGUUGGUACAUCAUAAUAAAAUAAAGAAAAAAGGU